AUGGCGCCGCAAGAUACUUUCAUCGACGAUGAGGACGAUUCUUGGUUACCCCUCUGCAUCGAGGAGUUCGAUCUUUCCGAUCGCAAUUUCAGGCCAUGCCCCUGUGGUUACCAAGAGGCUGAGUUCCGAGCCAACAUAACUAAAAACCAGAGAAAGCGGGCUCAAGAACAGCGACAGAAGGAGGCUCAAAAACGAGAAGCUGAAAAAGAAAAUCGCAAGAACCUCGUCGGAGUUCGUGUUGUUCAGAAAAAUCUGGUUUAUGUAACCGGCCUGACUCCAACUGUCCGAGAGGACGAGCUCACGAAAACGCUACGAAAGCCCGAAUUCUUUGGCCAGUACGGAAACAUCCAAAAAUCUCGAUAUCGAACCGAAAAGGUGGAGAGGGACAGAAUCCUUCGCUCGGCAUCUACGUCACCUUUGAAAAGCCAGAAGAGGCAGAUCGCUGCAUCAGGGCAGUUAACGGAUCCCAGAACGGAGAGCGCACUCUACGAGCUCAACUUGGUACCACCAACCAUCUCCGCCUCUUUGCCUGCUACGACUGAGGAAGCUGUUAUUGAUUCUCCGGCGCCUGAGCCGGCCAAACCUGUACCUGCACAGCAGGUGAAGGAAAGCAAGGCGUCGAAGGAACCCGAGGCCCCUCCCACGGCACAAUCGGCUACAACCAAGCCAGGCAGUAUUCCAGAAGACGUUCUUAAGAACAUCAUCAAGAAGCUCUAUUCCUGGCAGUUGCCCAACAUUACCGCUGAAAUCAGCCAAUCCGUUGAGCUCUACCCUCCUUUGUUUGAUAUCCGUGGUGGCGAGAAGAGACGUGCUAUGCGCGAGGAGGAGGCCCGCCUUGGUGGAGAGCAGGAAGAGACUGUCGAGACUCAGGAGCCGUCGGAAGAGGGCGAGCCUGAGGCCGGCGGUAGCCUUGCUCUUGGCGGAGAACCCGAGGAGAGGGAACCCGUUAGGGAGGGACAGGGCUACGACCUGCGACGUGCCCUAGCUCAAAAUUCCAGUGUUGGCUCGAUUGGUAGCCGCACGAUGACUCCCCAGCAACAAGCGUACAUGCGUCCUCAGAGCGCUUUCACCGAGCAUCUUCCUCCCGGGAUCUCGGCCGCCCAGUCUCUCACUUCGUUGAUGCAGCAGCAGGGCCACAGCCGCCAAUCAUCUCGAUUCAGCUUUGCCAAUGAGAGUGCCAGCAAUGCUGCCACGAUCCAGAUUGCUGCCAACCCCAGGAUCAUGGCCCAGCAAAAGGCGAUGAUGCCUACCUCAUUCCCUUCCCAGCAGGGCAGUCAGUACUACACCAGCUCACAUGUUCGGGCAAGGCCCAUCUUUUGGCGGGUCACCUUUGGUGCCGCACCCAAGGACACUAACAGUGACUUGCUGCAAAGCAUCAUUCGCGGAAGGGCGGCUGGGAGCGCCCAGGCCCAUGAUGCGGCAAAGCGUGAGUACAUGAAUUCUCCUUUCUCCAACCAGUACCCAUCUUCUACCUCCUCUACCCCAGCUCCUGCUUCGGGCCUCCUGGCGUCGCUCUACGGUAACCAGCCUGGAGCAUUCCAAGACUUCGUAGAUCUUGCAGACCCGAGUAUCCUGCAGGCGCGAAUGCAGCACCAGUCUCAGAGCAACGCUGGAGUCGGACAGGGCUUGUUUGGUGGUCAGAGUCAAGGUCACCAAAUCAGGCAAGCCAUCAUCGUCUUCCUCAAGCCUCCAUUCACAGAUGAUGAGCUACCCUCCCUCGACGAGGCUUCAACCUCGGUAGAUGCCCUCGUUGCGGAUGACGAUGAGACCGGCAUCACUAGCCGCCAACUUACCCCGGCCCGAUUCAACCGUUUGUUCUUCCAUUUGUCUCUCAGCCACCCCAAACCUUCUUACCGCCCGAGCAACCUGUAUGGGCCGGUACACGGCAUACCCCAACCAGCCGUGCCCAUCACCCCGACCAUGGCGGCAGCUACAGUCUUUGGUCAUGGCCCUCAGUCCGUAGCUGCUGGGCCCAUUGCCGGACCCAAGCAGGACGGCUUGAAGAAAGGAACCCCAGGAGCGGAGGCCAAGAGAAAGGUCAGAGCGCUAGCGCUUGAUAGCGGCUUAUCCAAGGAUAUCGCAUCCCAGGCGAGUCCCUCCAAGGGCAACAGAAUCCUUCAAGAGGAGGAUUUCCCCGCCCUUGACGCCCAUAAGCCUGGAGCCCAGCAGAGCGCGCCGCAGCCAAUCGUUAAACCCCAGGUUCCGACACCGAAGCCCGUAGUUGUGACACCAAAGAAGGCUCCGCAGCAAGAAUUGUCUGGUUCUCCCGCCAAAAUUGAACCGACGAUGCCCAAAACAUUGAGGCUCGUUUCCACACCCAGGACGGAAGGCGUUCCCGGGCUUGCAGCGGGCACCACGGCUCCCGGCUUGCUUUCAAUGGUUGGGCGCGCCGUCCGGCCGGGGACACCCACUAGCGAGAUUAUCAGUGACAGCGCCUCGAUAGUGUCGGCCUCCGUUCCCGCGUCCCGUUCGAAUUCUCCUCCGCCCUCGAAGAUUAUUGGGUCUGCCCACUUGCGCACUACUACCAAGAGCCAACAGCGCAAACAACGCAAAGAGGCGCAUAAGGGUAUGACGGAGGUGAUUGUCGAGGCAGCCAAGCCGGAGGCUGAGGAGCAUGCGCCCGUUUUAGGCCGCAAAAAGAAACAGAAGAAGGAGAAGCUGUCCAAGGCGAGCAGAAAGGUCGAUGAGCCUAUCGCUGAGCCAAAGAACGAUUCCGAGGAAGCCAAAGACAGCACUGCUAAGAACAAAAAAGUGUCGACAACUGCCAAGGACAUAGUGAAGCCCACUGCUCCCCAGCCCCGACCGCCAGCGCCGCGAGCGCAUCGCCGACGAAGAAAGCCUGUUCCCGUUCAAGCAGAAAUCGUGCGCCCCGAACCCGAGAAACCCUUUGAAAAGUUGGAGCCAACCCCGGACCUGAUAUUCCGUGAGCUCGUACGAGAGGGCGUGAAACCCGACACACUGAGCCUACUCAAGCCAGUCAAUGGCCACGCCCUCCGUGCGGAGGCUAGCGCAAUUGCCAGCAAGAGCGGUGGCAACAUAGGUAGCAUGCACGAUCCCAAGCUCUUUUCCAAGGACUUUGUCUCGAGCCACGAAGAAAUUGUGCUUCUGGCAGGCAAGCCAAUCCGGCGCGUAGAAAAUGGCCAACGUGUUCUUAUCACGCCUUUUGGCGACGUGGUUCGCAGUUUGAGCGAGGAAGAAGAAGAGCGCUACUUGCUGCUUCAAGACAGAGUUGCGCAGCAUGUCAACGACCCAGUAGCCUUCAAGGAUGAUAAGCACCGAGCGCCAACCGGGGACUUUUCGAUCAUCGAGGGCCGCAUGUCAUACAACACCAAGAUUCGUCGCGAGGAGGCCAUCGCAUUUGCCAACCAGUUUGCCAUGCCAAGCAUGCGUCUUGGAAACCGCACACUGAGCGGGAGCAAGUGGCGAGACGAGGUAGAGGACCCCAACACUGCGGAGGUUAUGAACCGCCUCAAGGCCAUGUUCUACGACCAGAAGUCGGCGGACAACCACAAACCAAGGGCGAGCCCUCUUUUCCAGGGUGAUGUCGGCACUGACAAGCCUUCGGAUGCGGCUCCAGAAGUUGAACAAGUCAAGUCUGCAAGUGAGGGUAAGGCAGUUGCCAAGCCCAAGGAGACGCAGCCGACCUCCCGAGAGAACCUAUUCGCCGACCAAGUCGACGAAAACCCCAUCAACGACGAGCUCCUCCCGCGCUUCUUGGGACCUGGCGGCAGGGACAACUCGCCGCCCAAGCCGGCGCCCCCUGAGUCCCGAGGAGCUCGAAAAGGCUUUUGUGGCAUCUAG